AUGUCGACACCUUUGACUCCACUACACCCUGACGCUAAUGAACAAUUAGAUAUAAACAGUAUAAACGAACUUAAUGAUGAUGACAUAAAUGACUUGGACUUGAAUCCGGAUUUAGAUAAUCUAACAGAUACCACUUCUAACAACAAUACAGAAUCUAUAAAUCCAUCACCAAGUCCCUUACAAACAACCCCAAUAAAGACUACGACAACAACAUCUAAGAGACCCUUGACGUUCACAGAAGAUGAUGAAAUAUUCGAUGAUGUAGACGACUUCAAACCAAGAAUCAACAUUGGCUCUCCCUUCUCAUCAAACGUAUCCUUACCUAUCCAUCAACAACAACAGAACGCCACACCAUCUCAUAAUAACGGUAUCGUACCGAAAUCAAAACCAAAACCAAGAAGACUUUCCAUGUCACAACAAUCCAGAUUCAUAAUGUAUUGUGAUAACGAACUAAUGCAAAUCCAAAGGAAAUUUGUUCAAUCACAAGGUCUAAACUCAGAAAAUGGUUACGAAAGUUUGGUCCCCCUCUUAAAAGACCUGAAAACAUUAGUAGAUUUCAUUUGGUACUCCAUCGAUAAUUCAAACCCUCAUACAGAUUAUUUAUUAAAAACACCUCGUUCUAAUGAAUAUAUCCCUUCUUCUCCUGAAGAUAAUAAUAACAACUCGGCUAAAAUAUCCACGUAUUUUGGUCAAACUUCAUACUUAAUAAAGAUAGCUGAUGAUUUGUUAGAUUACAUUGAAAAAUUCAAGAUAUCAAAUGAUGAUCAAGUAGUGAAAAUAUUCAAAUUCUUAUUCAUAUUAGAUAAAAUCUUUAUAAGGCUAUUGAAUGGUCAAAUUCCAGGGGGGCAUAAAAUGAAUUUGACUGAUGCAGUGAGAUUAUGCGGUAUAGCGGAAAGGACAAGAAUGAAAUUACCAAUCUUUUUCGAAUCACAAAAUAUUCAUGGAUAUCAUUAUGAAGUUAGUAAGAUUUAUGAAGAAACUUUGGAUAAGUGUGGAAAUUGA